AUGGCGUCCGUUUUUGAGGCUAUCUUCGAUCUCGCCGGCCGAGUGGUUUGGAUCCUGACUUUGCUGUUAGCAACGGCACUGACACUUGGAGUCCUGAAAGUCCUGUACAACAUCUCACCAUUCCAUCCGCUGGCAAAGUACCCUGGACCUCUGCGCUGGCGAGCAUCCCGUCUUUUCGCCUCGUAUCACCACGCAACGGGCGAUCUCUACAAAUGUAUAGCCAGCAUACAUGAGCAGUACGGUCCUACGGUCCGCAUCGCGCCUGACGAGCUGUCGUUCACCAACCCCGAAGCAUGGCCUCAGAUUUACAAUUCUCGUCCUCAACUGGAGAAGUCCGACUUUCAUUUUGGCAAGAGUGAGGACAGAAGACUCCCGGAAAGCAUGAUCACGGCGCCUGAUGCCGAGCAUAUGCGGCUGAGACGUCUUGCCGGGCCUGCAUUUCUCAACGCUGGCAUCGCGGAAGUCGAGCCUGUGCUGCAGAAAUAUGUCAAUCUACUUUGCAGUAAACUGGCGUUGGCUAGCAAAGAAGGAUCUCAGAACUUUGCCGAAUGGUUUCUAUGGGGACUCAACGAUGUCAUCGGUCAACUGGCACUCGAUCAGGAGUUCCAAUGUCUGGAAAAGCGACGCAUGCAUCCUUGGCCGGAGUUUUUGCUGAAAGUGUUGAAACUUAAUGCAGUCGUGAACCAGUUCCGGCGGUUUGGCAUUUCUUUCGGGUUCCUUAAGCCAAUCGUGCCACAGAAAGUGAAGGACGACGCGCAAUUCUUCUUCGAGACCGCCAGCGGCGCAAUCAAAAAGAGGCUUGCAGUAGAGAAGGAAGCCGAUGUUGAGGGCAACCAGAGCAGUACCAAGAAGCAUCUCGACAUUGUGGGACUGAUGUUACGAGAGAUGAAAGGCGGUGAUAGGUUGACCGAGCCUGAGAUCACCGCGAAUUCGAUUUUGAUUGUGGGCGGCGGUGCUGAGACAACGAGCACGUGCUUGAGUGCGACAUUCUACCACUUGUUGAAGACGCCGCGUGCAAUGCAGAAGUUGAAGGAGGAGGUUCGAUCGAAGUUUGCUUCCAGCGAGGAUAUCACUCUCAAGGCCGUGGCCGAACUGCCAUACCUGAAAGCAGUCAUCGAUGAGUCGUUGCGGAUCUUCCCUGUGGCUAGCUUCAUCACACCUCGAAGGACGCCGAAGGAGGGCCAUGUUAUUGAUGGGGAGCGUAUUCCUGGAAGGACUUAUGUCUCGAUGGGGCAGUGGUACAUGGGUCGGUCAGAACGUCUCUUCGACAAUCCACAGGAGUUCAGACCCGAGCGAUGGCUAGCGCACGAAACUUCGAGUGUCUCUGGGCGACAAGUUGAUGAAGUCCUGAAGCCGUUCAGCAUGGGCCCGCGAAACUGUAUAGGCAAGCUAUUGGCGCUUGCUGAGGCGCGUUUGGUAACGGCAAAGCUCGUAUGGCAUUUCGACCUGGAGCUUGAUGGAGAACAGCCCAACUGGGUGGAAGAUGCUCGAUUUUAUGUCCUUUGGCAACUGGAGCCACUCAAAGUCAAGUUGACGUCCGUGAGGUGA